AUGUUCUCAUCCGCCUUCAAGUCCUUCAGCUCGAAUAUAACGUCCAACUAUGAAGUGUCCAAACAUCCCUCUGCAGCUGUAGGGGUCUGGUCCAUCUUUGACGCGAAGAAGAAGAACAGCGGCACUCACGCCUCGGUUUUCAUCUUUGACAGGAAAUCGCUCGAUGUCACCACUAGCGGGUUUGGAGCACGUGCUACGAGCGCCACGUCGGUGCGCAAGAUCCAAGAUGAGGUCGUCGAGCGCUUGAAGAAGGAAGCCAGCAGCCUGGCUCGGCUACGUCAUCCCUCUAUUCUGCAGCUGGUCGAACCGGUCGAAGAGACCCGGAGUGGAGGGUUGAUGUUUGCGACGGAGCCUGUCUUGUGCUCCUUAUCCGCUGCACUGGCAAAGAAGGAUCGAGAGGGGAAUGGAAGGGGGAAGAAUGUCUCGCGGUCCGCGUCGAAUGAUGGCGCCACUUCUCGGGCACAGCAAGACGUGGAAAUCGACGAAUUGGAAAUUCAGAAGGGGCUGCUGCAGGUCGCGAAGGGGCUCGAAUUCUUACACGACUCUGCUAAGCUUGUUCACGGAAACCUGACUCCGGAUGCUAUCAUGAUCAAUGCCAAGUCAGACUGGAAGAUCUCCGGACUCGGCUUCGCUGGGCCGCCCGACGGAGCGGAAGGGCAUCAGACCGUUCCUCAGAUUUCUCUGUCUGAGGUCCUCCACCAUGAUUCUCGAAUCCCUCGAACUGUUCAACUGGACCUCGACUAUACUUCUCCUGACUUCGUGCUCGACUCGAAUAUCAACUUCUCGGCCGAUAUCUUCUCACUCGCUCUGGUUAUCCUCGCAUGCUACAGACAGCCGCAUAGGUCACCAAUUGAAACCCAUGGCAGCCAGUCAACGUAUAAAAAGAUCUUCAGCAGCGCUUCCACCGUACCGACCAGCGCAAACAACUAUCUCUGCGACGGUGCCUUGCCACGGGAGUUGAAUGUCACGUUACCGAGAAUGUUGACCAGAAGACCAGCUCAACGGAUGACCGCGAGUGAGUUCCAGCAAUCGCAAUACUUUGACAACAUUUUGGUCAACACGAUGAGGUUCUUGGAUGCUUUCCCCGCCAAAACUCCUGCCGAGAAAUCACAAUUCAUGAAAGGCCUCGGCCGAGUCCUUCCUCAAUUUCCGCCUUCUGUGCUAGGAAAGAAGAUCCUUAGUGUUCUUCUGGACGAGAUGAAGGAUCGGGAACUACUCCCACUCAUUAUGCAAAAUAUCUUCCAGAUAGUCAAAGUCGUCCCAUUCAGCAAAGAACUUGUCUCGGAUAAUAUCCUGCCACGAAUGAGAGACAUAUUCUUGUCCAAACCCAAAACCGAAGAACGGGAUACCGGCAAAGAGGCCGCUUUCCUUGCAGUCCUCAAUAACAUUCAACUCAUUGCCGACAACUGCACCGCGAAGCAGUUCAAAGAUGAUGUCUUACCUAUUGUUCAUGUGGCGAUGGAGUCAUCUACCCAUUCACUUACUGAUGCCGCUUUACAGACCUUAUCCGUUGUUCUCCCUUUGAUCGACUUUUCAACGGUCAAACACGAUCUAUUCCCAGUUGUGGCCAACGUUUUCAGCAAGACCAAUAGCCUGACUAUCAAGAUUCGAGGCCUUGAAGCGCUGGGAGUACUCUGUGGAGUCACACCGGACCAGACAGAAAACAAUAUCGACGACUUCCCUGGGAAGGCCCAGCAAGAAAAGCAUGAUAGGAAUGUUUCCAGCUUGGACAAAUUCACAAUGCAGGAGAAGAUUGUCCCUCUCCUGAAGGCGAUCAAAACGAAAGAACCAGCAGUCAUGAUGGCGGCUCUGAAGGUGUUCCGACAAAUCGGCACUGUUGGCGAUACUGAUUUCUUAGCCACUGAGGUGAUGCCCAUCCUCUGGAACUUUGCCUUAGGCCCUCUACUUGACCUGCCGCAAUUCAAAGCGUUCAUGGAUGUCAUCAAAAGUCUCUCGAGCAAAAUCGAGCGCGAACAGAUUCGUAAACUGCAGGAACUCUCUUCGAGCAGGGUUCCAGAGUCAAGGGCUGCUUCCUCGUCGCUUAAGCAGGUCGGUAACGGUAUCCAUCAAGCUAAUCAAGUCGCAAGCACAGAAGAUGACUUUGAGAAGCUCGUCCUUGGAGACAAGAAUACUGACAAGAUCGAUGUCUUUGCGGGAGCUCUUUCUGAUGGACAAAAGCUGACUCCGAAUCCGCCAUCCUACUCGUGGGCUCCCAUAGAUGCUGCCAGCGGGAGGAACACAUUGGCGCAUCAAAUGCCCUCGUCAUUACCAGUUCUCCAACCGCAACCUCUAUCCCGCUCAAUUACUCCGGAUGUCAGUACCUCGGCGUUUCCAAGUCUUCAACCUGCCCAGCAAUCCUCGGCCUCUAUUUGGGGGUCGUCUUCAUCUUCGCCUGCACCCUUGCAGAGUCAGCAUCAAGUGCUACAGCCAUCGAGUUAUCUCUCCGGUUCUGUAAGCAACAUAUCUCCGCCGAUAGCAUCACCAAAUACGACCUGGCAACUGCCCCCGCCUCCGGGAGCGCAAGGGACUUCUAGUCCUGGAUUCGCGCCUAUGAUAGCUCCCCCUCCUCCAGGCAACAGUCAGAGGACUGCUUGGCCGCAACCAAAUUACAAUAAUUUCACAGUGUCCUCGCCUCCGACCCCUGGAUUCGGUGCCUCCAUGAACGUGUUGCAACCGCAGAAAUCUCAGCAGCAAACACCGCAACAGCAGAAGACAGGUCUGGACAAGUACGAAUCUCUGCUAUAA